GUUUUAUAUGAAUAUGGCGUCUGUUAAUGGUAUUUUUCUUGAUUCUUGUCAAUAUACUCCGAUAUACUUUGUGGAAAAUCCUAGCAUCACCCAGGCUAAUUCGUAUAUCGUCACCCAAAAUACUGAAGAUGUACAGAAACCCGUGAGUGAUAACCUUAAAAAGUUCUAUGAAAAUAGCGGCAAACUAGAAACUAACCUAUGUACCGUAGAGUCGAACAAAAAACCGACUAUUUUAAAGAAACCUGACAGUAAUCAGGUCGGAAACAACUUGAAACUUGCAAGUUUUCUUUUGCCUAAGCCCGAGCCAAAUGUUUGUGGUGCACAGAUGAUGGUACCAGCCAGCAAUGUACUGCUGAAACCUGUAUACAUAGCUAACACUCCAAACAUAGUCAAUAACACUUCCAAACUCGACAUAAAAAGUAAGAUUGUUCAAUUGAAGGAAAUGACAAACAUAACAAGAACACCAAAUGGAAAAAUUGUACCAAAGACAAAACCAAAAGAAAAUGUAUCAAAAGCCAAGCAUACCUCAGUGCAGUUGUUAAAGUUGGGAGACUCGUAUCACAGCCUGAAUAGUUUAAGCGAAGAACAAAUGAAGAUUGUAAAUCAUGCUUUGAAGAUGUUCAACAACCCAGAAGAUGUGUCACAACAACCCAAAUAUGAUCCAGUUACAAACACCAAAUUUAUUUACAAAGUAGUGUCAUCAAAGGAUGUGGCUGUUGUUGGAGACAAUAAUUUAAUAUUUACUCAAAAUAAGCCAGAAAGUGUUGUAAAUAAAAACAUCCAGCUGCCCCAGAAAAGGCUAGAAUCACACAGUAAAAAUGGCUUCUUAUUGACUAAAAAGAUAAAAGAACCAGUGAAGCAAGGUAAAUUGCUAACACAGAAGAAAAUUGAACAUGUAGGCAAAAAUGUCCUACUUUUAGCUCAAAAAAAACAGGAACACAUAAAAAAUGGAUUAUUACAUGCUCAAAAAGGUACCAACAUAGCCAACAAGGCCAAUGGUUUAUUAAGACAGGAACGAGUGGAACUCAAGCCACAGAAAAUUAAUGUAUGCACUCAGAAACCUGAAAAUAGUGGAAAGGGUAAAUCAUUAUUGAGUAUGAAAGCAUCGCACACAACACCAGACGCUAAGAAAAUGGAAGUCAAAAGGAAAAUAGUUAAAGAAGAUACAUUUUGUGAAGCAAAUUCAGAUGUACCUAUAUUUUUAGAGAAUGCAGUAACAAGGAGUGGUAGGAAAGUAAGAAUUUCGAGGUAUAUAUUACAAGAUACCUUAGACAAACCAAAGAAAAAGGUGUCUUAUGUCGCAUCCUGCCCUCAAUGUUUACUAAAAUUCACCAGCACCUACAAAUUACAAAGACAUUAUGAGUUUAAUCCUACACAUUCACCAGAAAGGGUCCACAUAAAUCUUUUUCAGUGUUUCCUGUCUAUCGUAAAAGGGUCCAAGGCAAAUGGUGCAAAUGUAUUUUUAGAUCAAUUAGAACAAUUUAUUAGCAAAUUAAGAUUGUGUAUACCUUGUCUAGUUGAAGAUGACGAUGGUACAGACCAGAGCAGAUUUAUCAAUGAUGAUAUAAGCAGAUUAUUGGGUAUAAGCCCCGGUAAAUAUAAAAUAAGAACAAAUGGGCUAGAUUGUGUGAAAGAUGAGAAUGGUCACUGUAAACACAGCCUCCAACAAAAAAACAAUGAAGAAUCUACUUGGAGUGAUCCUUGUCAAGAGAAAACAAAAAUUAACAAUGAGGAAGUACUUGAAGAUGUUAAGUUGCCAAGUAAAAGAAAUGACAUAAAAACUGAAGAAAAUUCCAAUGUGAAAAAAGUAAAGCUAAAUCCAACAGAUGAAGCAUCAGCAAUGAUAACUGAUGAUCUUGUAGCUUUGUUGAGUGACAGUAAAAAGACUGAUAGCUUAAAAGAAUCAAAUAGUAUUGUAGAUGAUAAACACGAAACGAAUAUGCCUAAAAUUUUAGAGCAUCCUAAGCCUCAUCACAUUCAAUUCCGCAGCACACAUUUCGAUAUCCGUUCUUCACCAAUCAAAACCUCUACGAGUAAUUUUAGUAAAUUCCAAAUCAACACAGAGAACAUGUCAAAAUGCAAGGUUCACAUAUUACAACCUUUUAAAAUCAAUCAAAUGUGCAAUAAUAUAGAUAAUUCAAACAGCUUACCAAAACAAUUGUUUAACGACAAUGAAUGUAAAGAUUCACAAAGUACAAAACAAAAUAUUAAUGAGGUAAUACCAAAUAGCUGGUCAAAUGAAAAUAUUGAUGAGGACUUGUCAAAUAAUAUUUUAAGGAGAAUAUUAGAAGACAAUGUUAUUAAACAAUCACUUAUAAACAUAGAUGACGUCCCUGGCCCCAGCCAAUUGUAUGAAAACAAUGAGAUUAUAAAACAAGACCAGAUUUUGGGUGAUCAAGACAAUGCAAUAGAUGCAUUGAACUUUUUAGAAUCAUUAGGCAACGAAUGCAUUUACUCAGAGACUGAAGUUAGAAAUAAUGUAAUACAUGACUUUCACUUAGAUUUAUUUUGAUUUUGUCUUUUUUUAUUGAUUUAAUUAUA